UGCGACCAGGAAAGCAGAAAUUCCACAUAAUGAGUGCGAGGUCCAGAAAGUAUUGAGCAACAAUAACAAGCGGCACGGCUUUCCUACUCCAAAGAGCAGCGAGCGAGUGAGCAUCAAGGGCGACACACUCCUUGGGACUUUUUGUCGACAUGUGGGCUCGCUUGUCGGCUGGGGUCGUGCCUUCGGUGGUCGGGCGUCGGGCUUGCAGAGAAGCCCGGCUGCGGGCGACCCGAUGUGCGACCGCAAAGCUGCAGCAACGAGAUGCUUCUUCAAGUGCAGAGGCCGCCUUGAAGAAGACGCCACUGUUUGACUUCCACAAGGCACAUGGAGGGAAGAUGGUGGACUUUGCAGGCUGGAGUAUGCCUGUGCAGUACAAAGACAGUCACAUCAGCUCUCACAUGCACACCAGAGAGCACAGCGCCAUCUUUGACGUCAGCCACAUGCUGCAGACCAAAGUCCAUGGCAAAGACAGGAUCAAGUUCAUGGAGUCUCUCGUGGUAGCAGAUAUUUCAGAACUUAAAGACAACCAGGGUACACUUUCCCUCUUCACUAAUGAUAAGGGGGGAAUUAUUGAUGACCUCAUCGUAACAAAGACGGACCAGGGCUAUCUCUAUGUGGUCUCCAAUGCCGGCUGUGCAGACAAAGACUCUGCUCAUAUGACGUCCAGACUUGCAGAGUUCAAGGCGUCAGGCUCAGACGUGGAUCUGGAGUUCCUUGAUGAAGCGCUGAUUGCACUUCAAGGUCCGUCCAUGUCUCGGGUGCUGCAGGAGGGCUUGAAGGAGGACCUCAGCAAGCUGCCCUUCAUGACUUCUGCCCUGGCUACUAUCUUUGGUAUUCCUGGCUGCAGGGUCACCCGGUGUGGAUACACCGGAGAGGACGGGGUGGAGAUUUCUGUUCCCCAGUCUAGAGUGGUGGAGCUGACCGAGAAGCUGCUGGCGCACAGCGAGGUCAAGCUGGCCGGCCUGGGUGCCAGAGACAGCCUGCGACUGGAGGCGGGCCUCUGUCUCUAUGGCAACGACAUAGACGAGAGCACCACGCCCGUGGAAGCCACACUAGUUUGGACAAUAGGAAAGAGACGGCGUCAGGCCAAGGACUUCCCUGGUGCGGACAUCAUUGUUCCUCAAAUCAAGGCAAAGACUGCCAGGAAGAGAGUUGGCCUUAUUUCUACGGGGCCUCCCGUCAGACAACACACACCCAUACUCAGUCCAGAUGGAAAAGUCAUAGGUGAAGUGACCAGCGGCUGCCCCUCACCUUGUCUGAAAAAGAAUGUCGCUAUGGGUUACGUGGACACCGCCUAUGCCAAGAAUGGGACAGCAAUCCAGGUGGAGGUCAGGAAAAAAGCAGUGGCUGCCACUGUGUGCAAGAUGCCCUUCGUCCCUACAAAUUACUAUUCAGGAUAGAGCAACAUUCCUACAAGCGCUUCCCUUACAUGUGAACGUUUUUCUUUUGCGGUUUUCCAGAUCAGCUGGCCAAUGAAAAGCAUGUAUCUCCAAAUUUUGUGAGCUUUCCUGCGCAACACAACAAAAGGUCAUUUUGUUAGAUGUGUAUUUUAAUCACAAAAAAUAUGCUUUUCAUUGGCCAGCAACCAUAAUACAUCUCGUAUUGACCAACGAAGAUUGAUGUGUAAAUAAAGCUAGACUUUAUUUAUUUGGUCAUUUUUGUAUAAUCCUACUGAGUAACAAACCAACUACAGUGAUGAGGUGAUGAGUUCUGAUGUAAAUUUAAGUCUAAAUACCGUUUGUAAAACUUUAAUAAUUGAUGGACCAAUCAGCAGCCUUUGUGGUGAUGGCGGUAGUAUCUGAUUUUUCAUUCAAAAUACCUGCUUGUUUUCUAUCCUUUUUUUUUUUUUAUAAAAAAGAGAACAUCUUAUUUCUGACAAGUUUACAACUAGUGGAUGAAAUUACCACUACUAUAACAACCUAAACACUACUACUGUUUUAUCAAAAAGUGUCCUUACAAAUGUUUUUUUCUUCUAUCGGAUUACUAUGACUUUUUAUUUAAUUUAAUAACAAUGUAGCUUACAUUAAUAUCUUCUAUCAAUGAAAUCAAGUCUAUCAAAUAAAAAUAGCCUCAUCAUGCUCCGGUGAUCGCAAAGUUUUUUUUUUCUUUCCCAGACCAAAUGUCUACUCAUGUUUUUUGUUUCUGAAGGUGCUACACUUGACACGUUAGUAGUAACCUUUAUUGUGUUUUGUUUAAAGCAGAAUACUACUGAUAUGAAAUUAUUGAAUAUUUUUGUCAGCAAUUUACUUGAAAACCUAAUCUGUAACAUUUUAAACUGUAUUUCAUGUGUGAACUCUUCCCUUUUAUUAAAGAUGAUUUAUUUUCUAA